GAGAGAGGAGUGGGAGUGACGUCAUGGCACGGUGCCCCGUCCAUGUUUGGAGGAGAAGUUUGUCGACAAACUCAAGACACCAUAGGUGAGGGAACAAGUAGGGUCGAGACGAUAAAAGACUUAAUAUUUUUAGUUUGCCGCAGGGCCUGUCACAUCAACGUUAUUAAUUGUUUUAUUUAGGCUGCCGCCAUCAUUAUCAAGUUAACGUUGCCCAAAAAAACCCGUUAACGAUCACAGCGAGCGGUUAUAGGUUUACGUCCCACUCACGUUCGAAUUAACGGCUAAUUACAGCGUCGUUCAACAGUCGUGCUGCGCCUGGAGGGGCUUUGGUUGGCUUUCGCUUGACGAAAUCAAUAUAUAGGCGCCAGAUUCUUCGGAGUGACUCGCAUCUUUCGACCGGUGGUCUCGUAUGAACCGUGUCGAGGCAGCGACGAGGGUCGGGGGCUCCGCCAACAUAGCCCGGCUUCAGGAUGAGGAUGCCGCGGGGAGGACGCCUGUUCCUGGCGACGUGCCUCGGCUCGCUCUUCGUUCUGGUGCUUUACUUUCAGAGCAUCACCAAACCAGAACCUAGUUUGAAGACUGGUAGCAGACCAAGGAAAACCAGAAGUCCGCUGCAGACCCUCUACAAUGGAGACCAACAGCUGGAGCUGUUGGCAGCUCAGAGGUCCCUCCAAGGCCGCAGGGAGCUGCUGGAGCAAGCGUGUCUGAGCCACACGAGGAAGCGUCGGGUGCUUUCACCUGAGGAUCUCAAACACCUCAUUGUGGAUGACAAACACAGCCUUAUUUACUGCUACGUACCCAAGGUAGCCUGCACCAACUGGAAGCGUGUCCUCAUGGUCCUCACCAGUGAUGGCCGCUACACCGACCCCCUUGCCAUCCCUGCCAACGAGGCCCACGUCGCAGGUAACCUCCGCACUCUUUCAGAGUUUUCAGUCCCAGAGAUCAACAAACGCCUCCGCAGCUACCUCAAGUUCAUCUUUGUGCGGGAGCCUUUUGAGCGCCUGGUGUCAGCCUAUAGGAACAAGUUCACGCGUAGCUACAACACCGCGUUCCAUAAGCGCUACGGAACCAAGAUCAUCCGUCGGCACCGGCCUGACCCCGAUCCUGAAGCUCUGGAGCAAGGAAACGACGUGUCUUUCCACGAGUUUGUUCAGUAUCUCGUGGACCCUCGGACACAACGGGAGGAACCUUUCAAUGAGCAUUGGGAGCGGGUGCACUCCCUCUGCCAUCCCUGUGUGAUCCACUAUGACGUAGUGGGGAAGUACGAGACUCUGGAGCCAGAUGCUCAAGCUGUGCUCAGGUUAGCCGGAGUGGAGGAGACACUUCAGUUUCCAACAUCUGGCAAGAGCACCAGGACUGAUGGCAACAUGGCAGCACGCUUCUUUAAGCACAUCAGCCCUUUCUAUCAGAAGAAACUGUUCAAUCUGUAUCGAAUGGACUUCUUGCUCUUCAACUACUCCACACCAGAGUAUCUCAGGACUCGAUGAGGAGCAGAGAGGAGUGGACUGACAUCAAUUUUAAGUUGACUUUACAAUUUUGCACUUUUUGGUUGCCAUGGACUUUGUAUGCCUGUCCCUGCCUAUCACAAGCACAUACUGUUACUACAACUCACCAGCAAAAAGUAACAGGGAGAGUGACUUGAUUUGCUGGUUUCAAUGAGAGGGACUUUGUAAAAGAAACCGAAAAUCAAAAGAACACAGUGUGUGCUGUAAUCUGCCAAGCAUCUGUCACAUUUGUUGGUUUCCAUUCUGAGAACGGUACAUUGUUUUGAUGUUGAGCAGAACAGAAUGGAGAUUGUGCUGAUACAUUAACCAUCAGUACAAACCAAUCUUUUUUUUAUUUAUUUCCAUUUCUCACUUUGUCAAAUCGAGCAAACCUCACUUUGACUUUUAAUUUUAAGUUGUUGAGCUGGUAAAUAUGCCUUGCCAGUGUUCAUGCAGUGCCCACUACAGUGAAAAUUCUCCUGUGACUUGUUUUCUUUCUUCUGAAGACUAAUGAGCCUUAAAUAAAAGUCACACUUCAGAGGAGCAGGUUCUCUUCUCACAGGUGAAAGUGCUGACUGUGAAACCGAAGACAGCAGAUUGUGUCAAAGCACCUACAGAACAGUAUCUCUGGAAGGCCUUUAUUUAUGUCAUUGCAUAAAGUAUUUAUUGUUAUAGAAAGGAUUUGGGUUCUUGAUUUUGUGAAAAUGAAUUUUAUUUGGAAGAAUGAGGCUUUCUUCUCUCAGAGCGAAUAUUUGCUUCAUGGAAAGUUCCUUGCUGUCUCUGCUUUUGCACAUAAACUGAAGCCAAAUCGAAAAAUCUUCUGAGCAACUCUAAACUAUCAUAUCCACCCUCUGAUCCAAAACUACACCCAAAACUCAUCUAAUUUGUCACAGCUCUUGUGUCUUACACAAAUAUCAGAGUUAUUUUCAGGGAAGCCUGCAGUCUCUCCCUCAUUCCAGUAAAAAACUUGUUGCCAUCUCUCAUCUAUCGCGGUCUGUAUUUAGCUCUGGGCAGGUAGGCUGAACAAACAACCACAUAGCUGUGGUCGGGGCUGGGACCAGCCCAGCUCUACCCCUGGUCAGUGCUCCCCUUGUUAGCUUGAAUGCAGACACAUGAAGGGUUAAUCCACCGACAGUCAUCUGCACUGCAGGGCCUUGUUCAGCAAAUGUGUCAGAAUUUAUGGUAAAAAAAAAAAAUGGGGCUAGGAAAAUGCUUAUUAAUGGCCUGCACUGUCUUCUCUCUAAAGGGAAAAUCCAACAAUUUUACACAUCAAAGUCUGUUCCACUCUUGGUGGAGUAUGUCUGAAUGUGUGAAAAAAGUUAGAUAAAGCUGUUUUAGUGCAAGGUUAUUAGCUGCUGCUACCAUAACAUAUCUGAAUAUCCAAUCUGUAUGUGGUUGAGUUGCAUUACAUGUAAGAUGGACGCCAAGCUUUGACGAGGAAGAAGAAUGUUUGGUGUAAAAAGGAUGAUAUAUCUGGUUCUCCUGGUUCUCUCUGGUUGCAUCAGUAUUUAUACUUGUUUUAAACCCUCUGAACCCCAAACUCCUGUCACUGUUCUACUCACCGUGGACUCAUUUUUUACUACGUUAUGAAGUCCUGCACCUCUGUGGAAACUGCACAACAGCUAGAAACAGAGACGACUGUGUCUUUUGCACAUUAUGAUGUAGUUAAGUGCCACAAAUCAUAAAAAAAGGAAAACCAGAAUGGAAAAUUUUUAUGUAUUUUUAAAACUUGAUAACCACAAGUGUUAAGAAUACUGUUAAAAUGAUGACUCUACAUACUAGAUAUUUUAUUAGUUACAUUUUUAAUUUGUUUCCAAAUUUGUCUCCAUCUGCUUUGUGUAAAUACAACCUGCAGUUAAGUCAAAAGGUCUCCAGAUUUUUGUCAUGCGACUGUUGGUCAUAGCUGAGUGACUAGUGGCUGUAUGGUUGCUUUAAUUUUUAGUUUUUUACAGAAUAUGGUCCAAAUGAGUUCUUCAGCAAGUCUGUAAAUGAGGCUUAUUAAAAUAAAAUGAUUUGAAGUUUGAAGUUUUCCAACCAAAUUGCACAUCACAGAUAAAUAGUUCAAGGAUUGUUGGAAAGUUAAAAAUCUGAAAAUUCACUUUGUUUUUACAUUUUUCAUUGUAAUAAACAGUGGUGUUUUGGUGAUGUUUUUUGAAGACAGCAUGUCUUUCCAACCCCUGGUGGGCAUUGGCGUUCAGAGGGUUGGACUGUGGCACUGUAGGAACGCAAGACUGGAUCAGUGGAGUUUUAUUUCUAUAAACAAGGGCUAAUAUCCAAUAGGUUUAUAGCAUUUCACUUGAAACUGUUAAAUUUGCCUGUGCGUUUGCAAAAGCAAUAUUUUUUUUAAGAAGAGUAAACUGCUCUACCCUAUUUUGUAUAGUUUGAAGAUUCACUUGUUUCUGUACCAGUGAAUAGGAACACAUUGGAAGAAAGAAUUGGUUCAUAAUAUUGACUUGAAAUGAGUUGCCAAAAAACAACAACAAAAAACUAUUUCUACAGUGUUUAACAUCCUCAUUGCUGCAGUGCCAACUGUCAGAAUGCCACAUCAUCUGGUGAGAUCAAACAUUGGCUUUUGAUGAUGUUGCCUAGCAACUUAGGCUUUGUCCACGAUCAUCCUAAGGCCUGCUAAGGACACUGCUGUGAAAGUGUAGCAGAAAACAACUUUUAGGUUAAAUAUGGGGACCACUCAUCCACAUGGGGAUUCCUUCUUUUGUAAAAUCUUGCUUUUGACGUAUGACAUCCUUUGACAUCAUUUGCCUUUGGUAGCAUUGCCUAGCGACAGGGACUCCACUUACAGCCCGCCAAAGGCCUGGCUAAGGAUCCCAUAAAUACCAGAAAAGCAGGCGUCACUCUUUACCCAGAUGGAUUCCCAGCAAUAAACCUAAGAAGUCUGAAUAUUAGAUGAACAGCUUUCAAGAAGAGCAAAAGACAGACACACAGACAAUUAAAAAAAAAAAAAAAAAAGUUAUUUUUAGUGAGAUUACCUCAGACAUUUUUUGGGACUUGAUAAUCCAGCACAAAGUAGUAGUUAAACAGAGACAGUGUUUAAUCAAUGGGCUUGUAACUUGUAAUUAUACCUGAACUUUAAUAAUCGGUGCCAGUGCCACUGAAAUGAAACUUAACAAAUUUGAUACCAAAAGUAAUAAAUCGAUCAAAUAAAUAGCUCAAAAUGUUCGUCAUGUCUUCUUGUUGAUACAGUAAUUUUGAGUUCUUUUGUUCAGAAAUAAAAUGAAUAGAUGGAUGUUGAUGACCUUGACAGUUUGGGCGAAAACUUUCGCCUUCUUCAGAAGCGUCUCACUGACAGCUUGUGACGUGUCAGCCGGCAGAUUUUAUGUCUGAACAAAAGAACUCAAAAUUAGUCGAUCAACUAAAUAUAUUUCAACAUAAAGUAUUUUAUUUUUUGUUAAAAAAAAAAAAAAAAAAAAAAAAAACAGCAUUGUGCAGACACACAUACAUUGUAUUUUAAGAGAUGGAAUGAUGGAUGACAGCCUACAGAUGUUACAAGCAGCAUCCAGCUCACAUUGUUAACUAGUGCUACAUUAGCCUAAACAAGCUUACAUUAGCCGUCGUAAACAUUGUUUGUGGAGUGUUGCUGCAGAAGAUGCAGCUGUUUACAAACAGCAACAGGAACACUUCAGGUUUUGAACAUUUUGACGACAUGUUGUUAAUAUAAAGUAACAACAGAGAAGUUUGAACUUGCACAGAUGUGGAUGUCCGUGUUUGAGCUGCUUCCAUCAGUUUGAGCUGUUUUGUUUAAAAUGCUCGGUGAGACGGUUUGACUCAAACAGGAUCCACGCGACUGUGGUUCUUUUAUGUCUGCUGCUGCUCUUGUCGCUGCCACCAAACAUUUUUAUUGUCCAGUAUUUAUUGUACCAACUGAAUCUGUGGUACCUGCAGCACAGUCGAGAAACAAGUACCAUCACAUGCUCAGAAUAUGGCCUUUUGAUUCUCAUGACAUUGUUGCUUUUAACACGUAACUCAGAGUCUUUUGGUCAGAAAAGAGCAGGUCAACUGAACUGAAAAAUGAGCAUUUUAUAUUCCAUAUAAAGUAUUGCCCAAACCAGACACUUAUUUAUUGUGUAUUUAGUUUUAUUUAUUGACAAAAUUUUCGUCAUCAGGUCAAACCCAUGUAGCAAUAAUGUAUAAUUACACUCUGUCUUGUUAUUCCCUACUGUACAUCCCCAGUUUUUUUGAGUCUACUCAGUCUUAUCCUCUGCUCAGGACAACUCGAGGCUACACUGUUUAUCAUAUCACAGAUGAAUUUACAGCUGGAAUUAAUCUGGACCUGACAUGUCUUUGUUAGCAGGGUUAGAAUCUACCACAAAACAACAGAAGGCUACAUUUCCAUUGAAAAAAACAUGUCCUGCAGUCAAGAUUACAGUUUUGCUCUGAAAAUGUACCCAGUGGUGCUUGUACCUGUCAAGACAAGUUUGUAGGAGUCAGUUAAAUUUCAUCUCUUCGUCUUUAAGAUUGCUUUUGUAAAAUGUUUAAUUUUUGGUGAGACAGGCCCUAGCUGGCCCCCUGUGCAGACAAAACAUAUGCAAUAUCAGUGCGUUAGUGUGUUAAGAGCUGUGUCUUUAUACAUGACUUCAUUCAAGCCUUAAAUUUUGUGCCAUAUGUUUUUAUUUUUCUGUUUGCAGCCAUGGAAUACAGGGUGUUCAUUUUAAUGCUUCCCUGUGUAGCAGCGUGUAAUUUAAGCCAUAAUUUGCAAGAAGCUGUGACUUGCCAGACGCCGAUCACACCCUUUGUUUUUCCUCCCUUCUGGCUCAAUGACAUACUGCACAAAAUACAUGUUUUACCUUAUAAUUUUGUGGAAAAUACAAAACCCAGAACAAUGAGUUGCUUCUUCGUUGAAAGGGAUUCAACAUACUAAACCUUCAUCUCAGAUGCCCAGACGUUGCUGUGUAGGACGCAGCUAGCCACAGAUCUUCAACCCUUUUCUGUAGAAAUGUUCUUUUAGCAACAUCUGUGGCUUGGGGAGUCAUUGUGAAAUUGUGAACAGAGCACAGUCUGAAAUGAUAUCUAAUGCACUUGUGCCACAAAACUGUGAAUGUGAUAACUGAAGUGCACUUGCUGACGUGAUGAUGAUUGACUGGUUACCUUGAAGUGUCAACAAAUACAGACUCCCAACAGCA